CUUGUACAUUUUUCAAGAUGGCCGUAUCGCAUUCAGUGUAGACACGAGAAAGUGUAAGAUUUUUUUUUGCAUAAAUUUUGCUUGUUAUCCAACAUAGAAAUAUAUAAAACUGCUUUGCGUGUAAAGUUCAAGUGUUAAAGUAUAUAAAUAUAUUAAAUUUUUUAAGAAAUCCACAUUAUUGUGAACGCUGUGGUGGAUAGAAUUUUUUUCCCAAUUGUAACGUUGUUGUUGUUUAAAUGCUGCAGUGGCGGCAGAAUAGCACAUUGUAGAAAAAAUUAGUGAUAUUUGUACAAAGUUUUCUAAUAUAAACUUUCAAUUGUUUACUCUAAUAAAUGUGCUACUUGCAGUAAAUAAGUGACUAAAAACAACGAAUUCAAUAUAUUUAAUGCAUCGUCCGAUUGCAUGAGCAUAGUUAAUUAAACCUGACUGAUUGCAUACUAGGCUGCCGCUGCUCAUAAAUCUUCAUGUGGCGGCAAAAUUUUGACAUUAAGACAACAACCACUUAUUACAACAACAUAAUUUAGAAAUAUCUAAUAAAAACAAAGAACGAAAAACAUUCAUAAAGAAGUGUGGCUUAAACAGUGAAAUUGUUUGGUUAAAAGAAGAGAGAGUGUAUAAAAAGAAAGUGGUGAAAAUGAGUAGUGAAUUGGUUGAAGAAGGUGGUGCUAUUGAUACCGGCAGCGAUGAGGUGUUAUUAACGAAUGGUGCAAACGAAACGGACGAAGGAGUUGCCGAGUACUUGGAAGAGGUAAAGCACGACCCAAUGGUAGCCGACAAGUCGAUAAGCCCAGCUAAACGCGGUCGCAAACCGCGCAGACCGGCAGAAGUAGAAGAAGAUGAUAAUGUGGAAGCGCUUGAAGAUGAGGACGAGGGUGAAGUAAUCGAACACAUACUAGAAGACGAAGAUGACGCUGAAGAGGAGGAAGAGGAGGGAGAGGGAGAAGGUGAAGGUGAAGAAGACGAGGACGAGGAGAAAGAGGAAGUUCAAAAGCCGGUUUUGCACAAACCAACACAAUUGCCCAAAAAGCGCAAAGAUGCUUUAGUUAAGCAAAAUCCAAAUCUCACUGAAAAAGAAGAAGACUAUGUAGACGAUGGUGAGCAGCCAACAAGUACGGCGCGCGAAGCUGCUAAAAUGGAAAACCAUGUUGACGAAAACCAAUGCCGCGUCUGUACAAGCAAGGAAGAGCUUGUCAGCCUCUUUAAAAUCAUCAAUAAAGUAACGAUAGCUGAUAAAUUGAUGAAUAUAUGCCCGACUGUUUCAAUUGCCCCAAAAGAUUUUAUGCCACAAUUUAUUUGUAAUAUUUGCUUGGAUAAUGUAAACAUUGCUUUACAAUUGAAAACACAAUGUGAAGAUACUGAACGUGAACUAAGAAAGAAACUGUCACGCAGCAAGAAUAAAGUACGACGACCGGCUGGUUAUGUUGUCAUAGAUGCAACUAUGGACUCUGAUCCCUCUGAUGAAGAACCAAAUGACGAUGUGGAAUUUAAAGUCUCCGAUGAUGGGGGCAUAACAGCCGAAGAUGAUUCGGAUGAUUCUGAUUUCGGUACCACAACUAAAAAGAAACGUUCUCCGCGUGGUACGGGUGGUAGACGAGGUAGACGCAAAUCAGCAGCAACGACACCGGCACCAAAGGUCAAAGAGAAGAAACGUAUGGGACGUCCGCCAACAAAACGUCCACCACAAUCACCGACUUUAAUUAAGGAUGAAAGCAGUGACGAAGAGUAUGCUAAACCACAAGUAAAGAAACGUAAAAUCAAGGGCACACCGCCGUCCGAUGAGCAAGAAGAAAAACCAACAGAAUAUCCUUGUGACGAAUGUGAACAAGUAUUUACACGUAAAUUAUCAUUAAUAUUACACAAGAAGGCGCAUGCACAUCGCGAACCGCUUAAAUGUGAAGUAUGUGGACAAAUGUUUAAAAUACAGGGUGCUUACCGUAAGCAUGUGCAAAAACAUAAUGAAGAACCGUCUGGAUUCGAGUGCCACAAAUGCGAAUAUACCGCGUCCAGUAAAGCAGAGUUGCGUCGUCACUUAGUAGACGAACACGACGAGCAGGGUGUGCUAUAUCAGUGUGAAAAGUGUAAGCGGAAGUUUGUGUCCGAAGUGCGUUUGGAAAAACACAAAGAGGGUCGUUGUCCGGGACAAGAACGACCGCUGAAAUUGCGGCAGGAUGUGGAAAGUUAUACCGUUGGCAAGGACUUAUUCAAAUCGGUUGCACCACUCACCACCACAUACUGGAGUGAUAGCUUUUCCGAUUAAAUGCAUGCGGUGUUAUCUAUUCCAAUUAGAUAAGUGUCAUGCCAAUCACUUCAGUUCCAUCAACGUUGCAGUGAGUUCAUUUAAAUUGAUCAUCCAUACUUUUGUCGCACAGUGGGCUCAAAAUAGAGAAAUUUGUGUACAAAUUACUAAUUCAACGUGCACAUCUUUCACAAUGGCUAUGUGCUGAGUACAUGUACAAGCCGUUUGACAAUUUCACUUCAUAUCUACAUGCAUAUGUAUGUUUGUAGUUCAGUGUUAGCUUAUUUUUUGAAAAUACAAAUGACAAAAUGUCGGAUAAACAUUUUAAACUCACCAUUACAGUCUAAGCAAAUAAAGUUUUGUUACAAAAAAAUAUUUGGUUAAAUUAAAAUUUAUUCUUGAUUUCUCAGUUCUAUUUUACUAUGUUAAAAUAAAUAUUUUACGUUUGCAAAUUAAAACAAAAAAUAUAUUAUUUAAAAUAAAACAUUUAUUUGUUUAUAACACAAUUUCUAGCAUUAAUGGUUAUUGCAAAUCAAAAUUUUGUAAAAAAAAAAAAUAAAAAAACCUACUUUUAAGUAUGGCGUUGUAAGUAUACACAGUUCUAGUAUAUCAUGAAGUUGUGAAAAAACUACUUUUCCUUAAAAAUAAAAUAGAAUAAGUAAAAGAAAAGCAAAAAGAAAAUAAAAUAAAAACACUACGCUCAUUAAAUAAUUUAUUUGAAGCUAACUGCAAGUUUCAAAUUUACUUUUUGAUAGCAAGUAUAUAUGGGGUUUUAAGCGAUUUACAUACAUACAUACUUUGAGUAAAGAAACUUUACGUGUGUGCAAGAGAUGUAAUAACACAGCAUGCUGUAGCCACAGCCAGAUUUAAGUGCAUAGUUAUAUUAUAAAAAAAAUAUAAAUGUGUGUAUUUUUAUAUAAUAAGCGCUUAUAAUGACCGUAUGAUUAUAUAUUUUAAAAUUUUCAAUAAAAAAUUGCGUAAAUUUCA